AUGUCCGAUAAGAUUGUUCAGCCAAAGAAACGUGUUGAGCACUACGACAAACCACCAAACCUUGCCUCAGACGAUCUUCCUUUGCCUGAAGAGAUCACCCAUCUCACGCACGAUGAGCAGCAACAAUUGAAUAAGCGCCUCACGCGAAGGCUGGAUUGCACGGUCAUGCCUGUGGUUUUUGUACUGUUUCUUUUAAACAUUCUCGACCGUAAUAACAUCGCCAGUGCCAAGAUUACCGGAUUGACAGAAACCUUGAGUAUCACAGAUGAGCAAUACAACACAUGCUUACUGAUGUUCUAUCUGGGAUAUUGCAUUACUCAGGUACCGUCCAAUCUAAUCAUUGGCAAAGUUCGCCCGUCUUAUUACAUUUGUCUCCUUACUUCUCUAUGGGGAGUCUUAUCCUUAACUCAAGGCUUUGCCAAAAACUUUGCUCAGCUUGCAUCAAUCAGAGUCAUUCUUGGACUUGUUGAGGCACCGUUUUUGCCAGCUGUAUUUUUCCUACUUAGUUGUUGGUAUACUCGAGCAGAGCUACCGCCUCGCAUCGCCAUCCUCUAUGGAGGAAACAUGUUGGCGACGGCAUUCUCGGGUCUUAUUGCCGCUGGAAUUACCGCUCACAUGGAUGGAGCUGCUGGCAGACCUUCGUGGGAAUGGCUUUUUAUCAUUGAGGGCUCAAUGACUGUAGUCAUUGCUCUCCUUUUCCUGCCAGUUCUUACAGAUUAUCCGCUCCAAAGUAAACAUCCUCUUAUUUCGAGAGAGAUGCAACUCUUUGCGGAAUGGCGAAUUCGAAAGGAGAAUGCUGGCAUCAUCGAUGAAGAUCCCGAAUCUGUUUGGUGGGGGCUCAAGCAAGCACUCAUCGACCCAAAGCUGUACAUGUUUGUGAUCAUGCAAAUGUCCCUCAUCACCGCCGAGUCAUUCAGCAACUUCUUCCCUUCAAUAGUCGGAACUUUGGGCUACGGGGAUACCGCAACCUUGCUCCUUACGUCACCUCCGUAUUUCUUCGCCUUCUUCGUGUCCCUGGCUGUUUCGCUUCAUGCGGCACGCAAACAAGAACGUGGUUAUCACAUCGCAAUUCCGAUGCUCUUUGCGCUACUUGGCAACCUUCUUGCGAUGUUUGUCCCUUCAACUGGUGGUCGGUACUUCUCAAUGUUUUUGAUGACCGGGGGCUCAUAUUCGCCUUAUAAUCUGUGUGUGAGCUGGGUGAGUUCUUCACUGCCACGGCCACGUGCUAAGCGUGCAGCUGCUCUGGCGAUCAUGAACUUUAUGGGGGCUGGCGUCGCACACUUCUAUACCGCCUACAUGUUCCCGGAUAAUCAAGCUCCGAGAUAUUAUGCUGGUGGAGGGGUCAUGAGUGGUGCAUGCUUGCUUUGUGCCGGCAUGGCGCUCUACAUCAAAUUCUAUCUCAAGAAACAGAACAGUAACUUUGAGGAGGAAGAGGAACGGGGUAUUGUAGGUCAUACUCAGGUGACGGGGUCCAAGGUGGGCCAUGGCGGGGAUGCAGUGGUUUCCUUUAGAUAUGUGCAUUAA